AUGGAGAAAGAAAACUUGGGUGGUGAGAUAAUUGUAGAAUAUUGUAAAACUACAGUGGAUUCCUUAGUAGAAAACAACAUGUUUGUAAACAAAGUGUGGAUUCAAUGUGAGAAUGAAAAUUGUUUGAAAUGGAGGUUGUUGUCAAGUGAGGAUGCAGAUAAAGUUGAUCACAAUGAACCAUGGUACUGCUUCAUGAACACUGAUCCAAGAUACAAUAGAUGCUCUAUUUCUGAGGAAGACUUUCCUGAAGAAUCUCAGCUUCAUCAAAGUGGAUUUAAGAUUGUCUAUUCACAGCUCCCUCUUGGAAGCCUCGUUUUGGUAAAAUUAUGCAGUUGGCCAAGUUGGCCAGGAAUUCUCUGCCCUGAUCCUUUUAAAGGGAAAUAUGUGGCCUAUGACCUGGAUGGAAAUGUUGAACGGUAUCACAUAGAAUUCCUGGGUGAUCCCCAUUCAAGAGCAUGGAUAAAUGCAACAUUUGUUGCACAUUACAGUAUCACAUUAAAGCCAGGAAAAUGUAAAAAUAAAAAGAAAUGGUAUAAAAGUGCACUAAAAGAAGCGACCCUACUCUAUGGAUAUUCUCAUGAGCAAAGACUGGAAAAGUGCUCCCUAUCAAAACAAGAUAAACCCAAAGCAGAUACCAAAGUUGCUGUGGUGGCCAAGAAAAGGAUGCAAGUUUCCAAAACUAAUAUUGAAAAGAAAAAACCUAAAUUUAGAAAAGGAAAAAGGAAUGCUAAUUUCAAAUGCUCUUUUGGAAAUGUUUGUUCAGAUGAUGACUUAUCAAAGGAAAGCAUGGUUGUCUCUGAGACAGAAGUUUUACUAAAAGAGUUGGAGCAAAUGCUACAGAAAGCCCUAGAGCCCAAGGCAGUACCUGAUGAAUCUGAAGAAGAGUGUGGAGAGGAAACAAAUCCAGGAGGACAGUUGUCUAAAUGCAGCCCUGAAGCUCCUGCUGGCAGCCCAUUUGAGAACUACUAUGAAGAGGACUAUCUUGUAAUUGAUGGAAUAAAAUUAAAUGCUGGAGAAUGUAUUGAGAGUAUAACUAGCAAGUUUAAAGAAAUAGAUGCUUUGAUGUCUGAAUAUUAA